AUGCUGUCAAGGAAAAUGGAUGAUAUCCCUGGUUUGUGUCGGGAUGUUUUCCCCUGGAUUAGCAACCAAGCAACGCGCCUCGGCUUGGAAACGCAGGAUAACCGAUUCGCUCAGCUUGGCGGCGAACUCUUCAUCUUAUCUCAACAAAUUCCCUUCUCAUAUCAAACAGGAGGCGAUUCCAACCUGGUCAAGGUUGCAGUGAUCAUUAAUAAAGCUUGUUCACUCCCUAAAGCCGAGUAUGCCAGAAAGAAUGACCCGUUUGAUGCUCUUUGGAAGAUCUUGGAGUUCAAAAAUUCAAACACGCCUGCUGAAAAGGUUCUUAUUCGCGAUACUCGGCGCAGCCUGCUGCAAUUCGUUCGGCAGAACCCCGAGUAUCCUUCUCUCCUGCGUUUCAUCAUACAUGCCUUGCACAUAACGGACUCACCAAAUAACCUCCCCGAUGAGCAGAUACGUCUGUAUAAUAGUGACACAAAGUGUCCCGCGGAAGUCAACAAUGCCCUCUAUACUCAACUCCGAAUGCACUCAUCCUGCUCACGAAAUAAAACGCCCCGGAAGAAACAAGUCUCAUUCGCGGUCCAACGUUCAAGUCCGUCGCGGAACAAGUCGCCAUUACCAGAUCAUCUCCGAAAACUCGGACUUGGGGAAUUUUGCAGGCUUAUCGGGAGCGAGAAGAGCAUCCCAAUCCACUUCCACAUCCAGGAUAACAUGAUGAAGCUCGCCGACCCCGUUCAAGGUACAAAAUGGCGAAACUUCCUUCCAUUGGCGAGUGUUUCUCUGGCAGAAUGGCUAGAACAGACUGUGCAUCUCUCCAACAGGGUGAAGAUAACCUUAGCAUACACCAUAGCGAGAUCAGUGUGGCAAUACUAUGAUUCGUAUUGGAUGGCGAAUCCAUGGACGCACGAUAACAUUCAAAUCAUGAAAGAGAGCAUCGGUGAUCGAAAUCACGUCCGGCCACAUCCUUAUUUCACCACGAAACUUCACAAGUUCAAGCACCAAAUACUGGACCACUGCAUAGCGGACGACCUAUUUCACAUGUAUCCGAGUAUUCUUGCAUUGGGGGUCAUUCUUAUUGAGAUUGCGACCAAGCAACCUUUCAAACACGACGGCGCUCAUUACCUCUGGAACGAAACCACGAUCAACGAUUAUUACGAGUGGGCAUGGACUACGGCGAAUGGCAGUAACUUGGGAAGCAUGAUUGGAGCUGCUUACGAAGCGGUAGUAAACAACUGCCUCGAUGCCGAGCUAUUCAGAGAUGGCCCCAUUGACCCGUCGAAAGCUGACCAAGGCCUCGAGGUUAGACAAUCACGUCUUUAUGAGAAAGUCGUGCUGCCUCUUCAAGAUUUAUAUCAAGCAUACAGAGAUGACUGGGAAAUUCAGGAAGAUGCCAAACCGGAAAUUCCUGUUUCGCCAAAAUCCCAUCACAAACACAACAUACCGGGCGAUGGUUCCCAAUUCACUAUCGCUAUUUUCUGUGCAUUGCCCCUGGAAGCGGACGCCGUUAGCGAACUUUUCGAGGAUAUUUUGGGCAAAGAAGUCAAUAACCACCGCAAAGCAGUCGGUGACGAUAAUACAUACACUCUGGGCAAAAUCAUGCAUCAUAACGUCGUUCUUGUCCAUAUGGCGGGUAUGGGGAAAGGCACUGCAUCCCAGGCGGCUUCGAGUAUGAGAUCCAGCUAUCCAGAGAUCAAGCUCGCUCUUAUGGUCGGCAUCUGCGGAGGGGUUCCAUCACAUCACGGGGGCAAGGACGAUCUCAUUCUUGGCGAUGUUGUGAUCAGUGAUGGAAUUGUCCAAUAUGACUUUGGAAGACGUUUCCCUGAUACAUUUUUGAGCAAAGCCAGACCAGAAGUCGCUGGACCCAAACUUCGUGGAUUAUUAGCUAAACUUAAGGGGCUGCGAGGGCAAGAGCGAAUUGAGACGAAGCUUUCUCAGCAUCUCAGAGUCUUGCAGGAUAAACUUGGUCCCAAGAGAGCUGGUUACCCUGGCAUGGAGAAGGACGAGCUGUUCCAAUCAUCCUAUCGACACAAGCAUCGAGAUCCCGCACUUGGAUGUCAGAAAGGGGUGUUGGUCUCGCGCAAGCGACUGCAGGAAGCAUCAGCCAGUGGCUACCCGCCAAGUCCUAAAAUCCACUUCGGUUUCGUUGGCUCCGGAGAUACGGUUAUGAAGUCUGGGCAACAUCGCGAUGACACUGCCUCGCAGCAUGAUCUUAUCGCUUUUGAGAUGGAGGCUUCAGGAGUCUGGGAUAUUUUGCCAUGCCUUGUUAUCAAAGGCGUGUGCGAUUAUGCCGACAGUCAUAAGAAUAAAUUUUGGCAACACUACGCUGCUGCCACGGCUGCGUGCUGUAUGAAAGCCGUGCUUGAGGAAUGCGCGAUAGGAGAAUGGUAA